AUGCUGCCACCCACCGCCACCACAUCAUCAUCCUCCUCCUCCAACGACGACGACCCUGCCGGCCCCCUCCAGCGCCGCGACCCAGACGAGCACGUCGUGCUGUGCGACUGCCACAGGGACGACAAGUACCUGUCCUCGCAGAUGGCCUACUUCAAGCACCAGCCCAACGACAAGCCCGAGGACAUCGCCAUCGUCAGCACGCCGGCCGGCAUGUCGCGCGUGUGGCCCAACGCGCAGACCAGCGGCCUCUUCACGGCCACGGGCGUCACCUUCACGGCCGACCUGGGCCCGCAGGUCGACGAGGGCCGGUUCGCGGGCCUCGGCCGCAACGACUACACGAGCUUCACGUGCUGGCGGCGGUGGCGGCAGGACCUCUACGUCUACGACGGGACGACGUGCUCGCAGGUGUACGACUGCACGCACGAGCUGGCGCCGGCGAAUGAGACAGUGGUGGGACCGACGUCGGUCCCGACUGGCAGUAACGGUGCGAGCUCUUCAGCAAAGGCGAAGAGCGGGCUGGCGCCUGGGGCAGAGGCGGCCAUCAUCGCUGGCGCGGUGGUCGGCAUCCUCAUCGCGGUCGUGGCUGGCGUGCUGCUCUUCCUGCGGUGGUAUCGCCUCCGGCAGGGAGGGGAUUCGGCCGAAGAGACAACUACCAAAGGAAAGAAGAGAUGGGGUUUCUUGGCUAUUCUGUUCAGGAAGAAGAAGGAGCAGCCUACCGAGACCAACGAGGCCCCGAACGAGGGAGAGAAGGACCCGAUGGCCUUACCGGUGGGAGUGUACGAGCUGCACGGCAACUAUCACGGGAAUGAGAUGUACGAAGAGAUGUUUGACAUGCUCGAUGGAAACGCCAGGGCGGAGCUUGCGGGAAAGCGGCUGACUCGUGAGGCGAGGGAUGCCAGGGAGGAGCCGAACGCAGGGGAGGAGGCGAGCAAAGAGGAAGAGCAAAGAGGAAGGGCCAAAGACGUAGUAUAG